GGUUGGCCGUUUGAGCAACGUGCUUAUUGCCCAGCAGCCGACGGACAGAGAGAGCGGCCCAGAAGGCGAGGCAAAACGCUUUGCUGAUCUCCCAGUACGGAAAACAAACCUGCUUCAAAUAGCAAAGAAGAGCAGCAGUCUCAGUAGGGUGGCGAGUGUGGGAGAUCACGACAGGGACGAUGGCCGCCGGGGGCUACUACGACAUCGACACCAUUCUCAGCGAGGAGAUACGGGUGCCCUGCGUGUUCACGCUGGAUGCCGUCGGGAUGGGCGUUCUCGACCCCACCACGUCAGACGAGGAUCUUUCACAAGGGGCGAAGGUGGAUUUUCCGCUAUGGAUGGCGCGGCCUCUCGCUGGCAAGGGGAUGGUGAACCUGGACUUGCCAAAGCACUACACAGACAGGUUCCGAGAGCAGUUGGAGGCCGGCCCCGGCGCCGUCAACCUUAGGGAGCGGUGCCCGUUCUACUAUGAGGUUGGCGUGGUCCUGGCGUCGCUCAUGGGAGACCAGCGGCUGCAGGACACCCUGCUCAUGGUCUUCAGCGGCGAGCGCUUCAAGCGCCUGCUGGACUGCUCCCUCAACAGCCUCAACGAGGACGUGAACAGCUUCACGAGGGACUUGCCCAACCUCGAGAAGAGCCUGUUCAACGCGGGGUACCGCUCGUCAGAGGAGUACGUGGGCUGGAAGUCCCGCGCGUUCAACAAGUUGGCAACGUCCAAGGUCAUUCAGGGGAAGGUCAAGCGGCAAAAGUUGUAG